UGUAAUCAGAUAAACGCGGAUUGUAUGUAGGGAUAGCACGGCACGCAGGAGCCAUGGCCGCGGAGCUGCUGCUGCCCGUGGGGAUAGUCCUAGGGCUCUAUGUGCUCAUCUACUACAACUUCAUCAAAGGGCGGCAGUGCACGAGUGACGUCAGUCUGCAGGGGAAGACUGUCAUAGUGACCGGAGCAAAUGUUGGAAUCGGCAGAAUGACAGCUCUAGACAUGGCCAAGCGGGGAGCUCGGGUCAUUUUGGCUUGUCGCGUGAAAGAAACUGGAGAAGCUGCUGCGUAUGACAUACGUACACUAUCUGGAAACAGUCAGGUGCUCUUCAUGAAGCUGGAUCUGGCCUCCAUUGCAUCAAUUAGGUCAUUCUGCAAGACGUUUCUGAGCAGUGAACCUCGCCUGGACAUACUUAUUAACAACGCAGGCCUCGAAUGUAAAGGCAAGACUGAAGACGGCUUCAAUAUGGUCUUUGGAGUCAAUCACUUAGGUCACUUUCUGCUGACGCACUUGCUUCUGGAUCGUCUCAAGCAGUGUAGCCCCAGCCGUGUUGUGGUUCUCGCCUCCAGCGCUCACAAAAGGGGAAAAAUUGACUUCAAGAAUCUGAAUCCAUCUGGAGAAACUUGGAUUGAAAUUCUCCAGGCGUAUUGUGACAGUAAACUCGCCAAUGUCCUGUUUGCCCGUGAGCUGGCCAACAGAUUACAAGGCACUGAUGUGACUUGUUAUGCUGUUCACCCAGGUGUGGUGCGCACGAAUUUAGGCCGCAGCUUUCCACGCUGGCUUCAGAUCCUGCUGUACCCCUUUGUGUGGCUCCUACUCAAGACCUCUAUGGAUGGAGCGCAGACUUCCAUUUACUGUGCUGUCCAAGAGGAGAUUGAAAUGUACAGCGGCCGCUACUUUGCCGACUGCAGGGUGCAACAGGUCCGGCCCCACGCACGAGAUGACGCAGUAGCCAAGAAACUGUGGGAAGUUAGUGAAGAUCUCCUUGGAUUAAGCAAAUAAAGGUUCCAACAUCCAGUAUUUAACCAGCAGGCAGCAAAUGCCACUGACGCCUAUGCAGAUUCCGAGGUCUCUCCUUCACUUCCCAUACAAACACUUUACAAGUGACGCAUGGCAGACACCGGAUUACGUAGUCCAUGCCGCAUUCCUGUAUAGAACUUGUAUGAGACCAGUACACUGCACACAAGUGGAAAAAGCACCUUUAAGCAGGGGUUUUGCAGUUGUUCAUAGUUCACAUUGGAGGUGAUUUACUAAGAUUUUUUAUAACUUGUCCCAUGGGAGUUUUUACGCUGUCCUUCCUUCUGGGGAGUGGCAGGGCCCAGCCAUUGGCCCCAACAAAUUGACAAAUCUUUACGUAAAUGACGCCUGAAAUCUGCUCCAGCCAGGGUACAUUUCGAACUAGACGCACAGACUGACUGAGCAUACUCUUAAUUUACUGUAGGUGCAUCCUCUGGCAGCGCCAGGGUUAUUUAAGACUGACUUAAAACGCUGGUCUUUGAUAAAUGACCCCCCCGCGAUUAGCGUUAUUGCCGGUUGCGGACAUAAGCCGCCGGUGUCUGCUAUAAGAAGCAGGCGGCUAUGGCGCCAUCUUUAAAGACCCAGCCAGCGCUGUACUAUUACAGCGCUGGGGGUGAAGGGGUUAAGCUACCUGCACACAGGUGAAAGUUGCCAGGGGCGGACUGGCCAUAGACCCUACAGGGAAAUUUUCAGGUGGGCCUAUGCCCAGGGGACCACCUGAGCUCUACUCACAGCCGCUGUCCAUGUACUUAAUAAUCUGAAGCAUUAAUUAAUGCUAGGAGCAUUAGGCACUUAUUCACCUGGCGAGCAGCUGCAGGUCCCCUCCUGGAUUCAUCUGCAUCAUCCUCCUCAGUAUGAUGAGGCAAAACUUUAUGCUUGACGGGGCAGUAUUUUGUGCUGGCCCUGUCUACUUCUGUUGCCCAGCCUAUUAGUGGGUUGUGUUGCCCGACCUUCUGUCAGUUUUUUUUUUUUUUUUUUUUUUUUUUUUCUUUCUAGGGCCACUUUAAGUUCCCAAUCCUCCCCUGCAGGUCUGAAAGCAGAAAUUGCGUACAGAUUUUCGUAGGGUGUUCUCUGCAUUUACACAUCAAAUCUGCAUGUGUUUUUUUUUUUUUUUUGUGGAUUUUGAUGCAGUUUUACCCGAUCUUACCCUUUUGUCUCAUACCAUACACUUUGCUGGUACCCUUUUACGCUGCACGUAAUCCGCAAAGUGUGUAUAUAGCCUUAGGGCACCCCCACCUGUUUCUCAUAUUCCAGUAAAAUUAUCAUGUGACAUCCAUAGCCAAUCAGAUGACAAUAGAGUAGAUCCCAAAACUUACAAUAUUAACUGGUUCCAGGACACCUAAGUGAUUAAAGCAAUCUCCCUAUAGAAAACCGGUAACUGCUUCCAAAGCCCCCAUCAUGCUGCGUUACGGUUCUGUCCCCAGAGAGUUGUGGCAUCAACAAAUAGCUGGCUGAAGUUAUCGCUAAUCGCUUCCGAAUCCUCUCAUCUAGUCCGAAAUCUGCCAGUGUUUAGCAUUGUAAAUGCUCUGGGGACCGACGAGCAGCGCAAAUAUUUAGAGAUUUAUUGUUUCCUUUAAUUGAGCCUCUUUUGAAUGCAAUUGACUCGCAUGCCACUUGUUAACCCCUUAAAGAACAGGCCAAUUUUUGGUUUUGCCUUACUUUUUUUUUCCUUGUUUCCAAAAGAAUAUAUACAAACGAGCCUGUAGGAGGAACAGGGGCGUUGCCUUUAGGCUAUGUUCACACUGGCAUUUUGGCUUUCCGUUUGGGAGAUCCGUUCAGGGCUCUCACAAGUGGUCCAAAACGGAUCAGUUUUGCCCUAAUGCAUGGAAAAGGAUCCAC